UCGGCUCUCUUUCCUCAUCGCCCUCCCCACCGCACCAUGGAUCCCCUCGCCCGCACCGACGACAUCAACGCCGGCUGGUCAUCCCCCACCUCCAACCUCCGCUUCAACGCGCAGUCUGCGGCCGAGGAUACAGUACCUACAUCCGCCACCUCCAACCCUUACUCUGACCGCAGCGUCAGUGCCAAUGAGAACGCGAACGGGUACCGCACACACACCAGCCCGGGACUCGGCAGUGGCGUCGUAGGGGCUGGUUAUAGGGAACCCGUAGUUUUCGGUGCGCCGGGAAUGGGACUUGUCAGCCCUCCUCCGGAGUCGGCAUUCCAGCAGUCUCAGCAAGAGACUCCAGCUGGCGAGGUUCAGCAGGAAAGGAAAGCACCACGAGUUUACCUCCGCGUAAGAAUCGGGGCGUUGGAAAGGAAUAAGAAGGAUUUGUUGAUCAGGUUUGAUGCCAGUACCAACCUUUCAACCUACAAGAAUGGAAUGUAUAGGAAUAUGCAGAGGAGCUACGUGGAAUUCCAAAAAUUUGCAGAGCAACUUUCGCUCGUUUGUCCUCAAACGAUUAUUCCUGCCCUCCCUUUGCCUUCCACGUCGGCGUCUACGGACGAAGAAGAUGACAGGCUUGUCAGGAUUGCAUUGCAAAGGUGGUUUUCGCGAGUCUGUGAGGAUCCAGUGUUGAUCAGGCAAGAUGAAGUGAGGAGCUUUAUCGAAUCGAACUUUGGAUACUCCCCAAUUCCUCCCCCUACAGCCAAGCGCUCUCAGGCUAACGUCCUCUCCGCCUUGACUAAAGUCGUUCGUCGAGGUCCUCUUGACGAAGACGACGAACUCUCAUCUGCCAAAAUCGCGCUCGACAAGCUCGAAGAGCGGUACGGCCACGCUGCCACCUGUGUUAGCCAUGUUGGAAAGGCUAGACGACAACUGGCAAAUAGUAAUGCCGAGUUGGGUGCAAAGAUGGUCGGCCUCAGUACGGUGGAAAGUGAGCCAAGUUUGGCCGGAGCUGAAAGGAAAAUCGGAAGAGCGUGGGAGCAAGUUUCGGGGAUGAUUAAUGCUCAAGCGUCAAACGAAAACGUUAUUCUCAGCGAUACCUUGGGCUAUCAAGCCCUCAAUGCUCGCGCUGCCAAGGAUACGCUCGUGCAAAGGACCGCAGUUCUUGAGGACUCUCAGUCAGCCAGCAAGGCCGCUAUCACCAAGCGUAGGAAUUUGGAACGCCUCAAGGCAAGCUCGAACAUCAACCCUGCCAAGGUGGACGACGCUAUCAGCGAGAUGCAAGAAGCCGACAGCCUCGAACAAUCUCUGUCCCAUCGAGUAACCGCCAUCUCACAGAAUCUUCAUCUCUCCCUUAGAGCACACUCCCGUCACGCUCACGAGGAUAUCGCCAUCAGCUUGAUGGAAGCGGCAAGGAUGUCAGCGAUGUACCACAAACAGACACUCAGAGAACUGGAAAGCUUGAGAGCGGAUAUUGGCAAAGUAGCUCCUGGAGCGGCACCCCUUGAUGGCUUGGCUGUCAGUGGGAAAUCACCCGCCGCUUCUCGAGUGCAGCCCACUCAGGCCUCGCUCAUGUCAAGGGCUCCACCAUCUCAACCGCAAUUUGCCUCGCCAUAUGCUGCCCAACCUCCUCUGACCGCGCAAGUGGGACGCCAGCCGCCUAUGGCGCGUGCUCCUCAGUCCCAGGUCCAAACCCAGCCUCAGGCUCAACCCCAGAUUCAACCGCCCAUCCAGCCUCAGGCGCAAACCACGUUCCAUCCCCAGCCGCAGGCUUACCCUCGUAACCCUUAUGCCACCCAACCUCCGCCCUCUCAAUCUGCUGCUCCUCCUUUCCCAACCCAACCCCUAUCCAGCUCUUACCCUAUUCAACCUCCAGGCUCAUCCUCCCAAUCCCCCUACGGCCCUGCACCCAAUUCUGGGGGUCCUUCGACCACCUCCCAAUUCCCUCCUCGUAUACCAACGUCCCCACCUACAACUGGGUUCCCCGUUGCAGACGGGACGCAAUCCAUGUUCCUCCCUUCGGGAGGGAAUGGAGGUAUGCAGCGACCACAUAGUGCUGCUCCUGAUGCUCCUGGUUCCGCCGGUACGUCUAGGGUGGUCGACCCACUUGCAGGUUUCCCAAGAGGUCCAGCGGCGCCGGGCAUGCAAGGGACACAAGGGAUGGCGCAAAGCAUGUUUGUCCCUUCCCAACCGCAAUCUCAAGCAAGCUCCCGAAUCCACCCGGGUUAUAGCUCUCAGUCUCAACCACUUACACCCAAUGCUGGACCCGGUCCUUUAAGCCAAGCUUAUCAGUCACAAUUUCAACCUCCCCAACCUUCAUACCAGCCCGGUCAAUUCACCCAAGGAUACCCCGUCCAAAAUGUCCCCGACUAUCCCGGCCAACAGCAGCCACAGCAAGUUUCACCGUUCCCUGGUCCGGCCGGGGUACAAAGAGCGGCAACCAUUGCGACUGGGCGGAGAAAGUUGGAUGAGAGGAAAGCGGCAAAGAUGUUGGCUGGUGGCUUUUAAGGCUGGCUGUAUGCCUCAAUGCUUAAUGAGAACAAUGUGGAACAAGACAAAAUCUUACUUUCGAGUGAUACGUUGAUACCACAGGUUUAGGUAAAUACCCGCGUUUAGGAUGUGUGAUUUGAUGAAGGAUCCUUGUGAAUAUGACGAUUAUUAGCGCACUGGAUGCAUAAUCUCCAUGAUUGUUUUUCGUUCUGCUGCCCCUACUAUUACUACUA